AUGGCUCGUCACCCACUGAUACUCGCUUUGGCCGCCGGGCUGAUAAUCUUGCUCUCGACCAUCAACAUCUUCCAUCGAUUCGGGACCUCGGAUCUAUCAUCAAUAUGGCAACAGAACGCCGAUGGACUGCCGCAUCUACCACAGCUCCAGAAUAUACUAGGCGAUGAUGUCGACAAAUUCCAACAUGAUCCAACAGCUACCGAGCAGGGAUCGACAUACCUCCUUGGCGUUGGCAAAGGCGACAUAACAGGUCCUGUCGUCGAGAUCAACUUCAUGGGCUAUGCGGAUCCGAAUCAAGUCGGCAGUGGUGUGCGUCAACGAUUGUAUAGUCGUGCCUUCAUCCUUGGAUCAAACUCGGAACCAACAGAUCGUAUUGUCUACCUGGUACUCGAUACGCAGUCAGGCGACACUGCAAUCCGUCAUGGUAUUUUGCAGGCGCUGGCAGAAAGGGGUGGCGAUUAUGCAACGUUAUAUGGCAAUCAGAACAUAGCUGUUACGGGCACGCACUCGCACUCUGGACCUGGGGCUUGGCUCAAUUACUUGCUUCCGCAGAUCACAUCCAAGGGUUUCCACAAGCCUGCUUAUCAAGCUAUCGUCGAUGGUGCCGUAGCAUCGAUCGUGCAGGCCCACGAGAGUCUCUCGACGGGUCGUCUCUCUGUGGGCACGGCUGAUGUGGACAAUGCAAAUAUCAACAGAAGUCCAUACGCCUACCUUGCAAAUCCUGCCGCGGAGAGAGAGAGGUAUCAGCACGAUGUCGAUAAAGCCAUGACAGUCUUGCGCUUCACACACUCCUAUGAAGACUACGACAAGGAUAUCGGCAUGCUGAGUUGGUUCCCAGUGCACGGCACGAGUAUGCUAGGCAACAACACACUCGUCACGGGUGACAACAAAGGCGUAGCAGCCUAUCUCGUCGAACGUGGUUCGAAGAUACCACAUUUCGUUGCGGGCUUCUCACAAGCUAAUGUGGGCGAUACAUCACCAAAUGUUGAAGGCGCUUACUGCGAAUACGGUGACGAUGCAGGGCAGCUGUGCGACUUCAAGACUUCACUUUGCGGCAAUGAAUCACAGCCUUGUCAUGCUAGGGGACCAUACUGGGGCCGCAAUGACGCGGGCACAGCUAGUACAUUCGAGAUCGGUUCGAGACAAGGUCUUGCAGCGAUGGAACUACUCAAGAAUACCGCCCCUGGCGCCUGGACGCCCAUCACGGGUGGCGUAGUGAAAAGCACACACCACUUCGUCGACUUCAGCUCGUUCACUUUCCCACUUUCCAACGGCACCUACGUAUCCACCUGUCCAGCAGCUCUAGGCUACUCCUUCGCAGCCGGCACCACGGACGGACCAGGCGCCUUCGACUUCAAACAAGCUCCUGACAACCCUCAAGCUUCGCCUUUCUGGAAUGCCAUAGGAGGUCUCGUAGCAAAACCCAACGAGACGCAGCAAGCUUGUCAUGCGGACAAGAUCAUCUUGCUUGAUGUGGGAGAGUCACAUAAGCCUUACGACUGGUCACCUAACAUUGUCGACGUGCAGAUGCUGCGUGUGGGGCAGAUGUUCAUGAUUAUCUCGCCUGGUGAAGCGACGACGAUGGCUGGUCGAAGAUGGAAAGAAGCUGUGCGCGAAGCCGCGGCGCAUAGUUUGCCGAAAGGACAGGAUCCUAUAGUCGUCCUUGGCGGUCCAGCGAAUACAUAUACACACUACAUCUCCACCCGAGAGGAGUAUAGUAUCCAGCGCUACGAGGGAGCAUCGACGCUUUAUGGACCAUGGACACUGAAUGCAUACAUUAAUCGGACUCUCGCUUUCCUCCCCGAGCUCUUUGGGAACGACAAAGACUCGCAAAACCAGCACGUCCCUAGCAGUCAUGAGCAUAGUCCACAACCACCAAUCAAUAUAAACGCCUCCCUGACGUUUAUUCGACCUGUCGUCGUCGAUACCACGCCCUUCUUCAAGCACUUCGGCGACGUGAAAACAGACGUCCUUCCCGUGUACAAACCCAGGGAAACCGUCUCCGCGACCUUCGUAGGCGCUAAUCCACGGAACGACCUCCGACUCGAAGGCACCUUCGCCGCAGUAGAGAGGUUCGAUUUCGAAGCUAAGACAUGGCGACGGGUCCGUAGUGAUGAAGACUGGUCGCUCGUCUACGAAUGGAAACGCACUUCUUCUGCUCUGGGUACGAGCGAGGCGAAGAUCAGCUGGGAGAUGGGAUGGGAGACUGGUGCGUGGCGGGGAGGUAUCGAUCAAUCCCAAGAAGACGAUGAGCAGCAUGGAGGUCUAGUGUUUAACCGAAGCGAAGAGGAGUUGAGAGGUCUGUAUAGACUGAGGUAUUAUGGUGAUUCCAAAGCUCUGGGAGGGAGGAUUACGGCAUUUGAGGGUGUCAGUGGAGAAUUCAGGAUUGUUUAA